AUUGGCGAUGCAAAGAUUCUAACUAGCGCCUCUAGUGUCAAAAUUGUGAAGCUGUCUAAGAACGACACUUUGACAGUUUUCGUUACAAUUAACGUCAGGGAAAAACAUAAAUAAUAAAUACAAAUAAGAUUUACGUGGCAUUUUGCUGUUUAAGACAAUAAUUAUGUUGUCAAUAGUCGAUGUAAUUAAUGCGUCUGCAGGAUACACAAAACCAAUGCGUUCUGGUGAAGAAUUAUUACGGAGUGGAAUGGUGAUUUCGGUUGGAAAAAAAGAGAAAAAUAAUAACGUAAUUCAUGUACAAGCACUGGUACUACGAACGUCGGGAUUAAAUUCCAAACAUCCAGCCAUUAUAAAACUGUGGAUAGAUGUAUCUCAAGAAUAUGGAAAUAGAUUAGUUGGUGAUAAUGAACAAGAAGUCACAAAGGUCUGCGAUUGUCCUGCUGGAGCUUCAGAGAAAUGUAAACACAUAUUAGCUGUUAUGCUUUAUCUCUCAAGAACUGAGGAGGCAGAUCUGGAGGACCUGAGUUGUACGGACAUUGAGAAACAAUGGGGUACACUUAAAACUACAGCAUUGAAGGAAUAUGAAGCAAAAUCUUUGUCUGAAAUGUGCCAUGUGAAAGGACAGAGGGACAUCUAUGUGAAAACAAUGCCAGAAGUCACUGAAGAGAUGGAAAGUCGUUGGAGAAUGAAGUUAAUACAGAGCGCACCAAACAGUGAAUAUUCUUUAUUUACAAGUCUAAUGCGAAGAGGUGAUGGAGUUGUUGAUAAUGGUGAAAGGGUAAUUAGUAGAAGUGUAGACAAGACAAAAUUUCCUGAAAAACUAUUGACUUUUAAUUCGUGGCGGGUAAUAAAUAUAUUAAGAAAACUGACUGAAGAAAAGUUGAAGACAUGUAAAGUAAAUGAAUUUGAAUUUUACAACAGAUAUGUAGCUGUAUCAUUAGACCAAAGUACAGAAAUAAUCAAUGCUGAGCAGGGUACUCCUUUUUGGCAUAAAGCUAGAAAAGUAAGACUAACAGCCUCCAAAGCGAGAGCCCAGUUUACUUAUUAUUCUAAUAAAAAUGCUGAUUGGGAUAAAAGAUAUCAAGAGGUUUUUCACAGUAAUUUUCUUGGGAAUGAAGAUACUAUCAGAGGCCUUCGCUGUGAAGCAGUCGCAAGAGAUUUAUAUGCAGAGCGUUAUAGCUGCAUGAUUUUAGAGUCUGGAUUGCUGGUUCGACCAGAAUUACCAUGGCUUUCUGCAAGUCUAGACGGUACUGCCAUGGAUAAAGAUGGAAAUUUUCUUACAAAUAUUGAGAUUAAGACAUUAAAGGAAGGAACUCGUUUAACUGCAGAUGAACUGAUAGAAAUGAAUGCAAUUCCUAUAUUAGAUAAAAAUCAAAAUUUGAAAAAAAAUACUCAGCAUUAUACUCAAAUGCAAGUAGGCAUGUUAUUGUCAGGUAUUACAAAUUGUGAUUAUUUAGUUUACUCUGAAAUAGGAAAAGAUUUAGCUGUAAGAAGAGUUUCAUUUGAUGAAAAUCAUAUUUUGGAAAUUUGUGUAUGUCUUGUUAAUGUUUAUUUUGAGAAAUUUCUUCCUAGAAUAGUUAACGACUAUGGAUCAAAUUAUGACUGAAUUUGAAUAAAAAUAAAUACAACUCUGUGUACUAAA